UCUCUAGAAAAUGUCAAUAAAAGCACAACGUAAUAAAAUGACAACAAACAUCGUAUAUUUUUGACAAUCAUCUCGGGAACUUUUAUAAAUUUAUUUAUAAAUUACUAAGCACAAUAAUACAUUUUCACUUCAUAUUCAAAUAAAAAGAAACAAAAAAAAAAAACCUACAAUACUCACCAAAAUGUCCAUUCGUCAUGAUUGGUAUCAAUCGGAUGCAAAAGUUGUCGUAACAGUGCUGCUAAAAAAUGCCAAGGAAAAGAAUUAUAAAGUUACAAUUGAGUCGAAACAUCUCAACAUGACCGCGGAUGGUUACGAACUCGAUUUAAGACUUUAUGCUCCCAUUAAUGUGGAACGUUCGUUUUAUAAGGAUUACCCGUCGAAAGUAGAAAUAACAUUGGCAAAACAAGCGGGCAUACGUUGGGAAUCACUAGAAACCAAGACGGCAUCUGUUGCACCAAUAGCUCCCCCACCUAUACACAAAAAGAACUGGGAUAGUUUGGCUAAGGAAGUCGAAAAAAAGGAAGAGGAAGAAGCACAAAGUGAGGAAGCCCUGCAACGUUUAUUUAAGAAAAUCUACAGUUCUUCCUCGCCUGAAGUGCAAAAAGCCAUGAAUAAAUCAUUUUCUGAAUCUGGCGGCACUGUCCUUAGUACUAACUGGAACGAAGUGUCUAAACAACAGGUGGAAGUUAAGCCUCCCGAAGGUACAGAAUUUAAGAAAUGGGAUGAAAUUUAACUGGCGUGCAUGCAGAGGUGGCUUUCAUUUCUACUAACUACUAUUUCACUAUUUAAUAUAGCUAAUGAGCGAACAUCAGUAAUCUCUUGCGAUAAUAUUGUAUUUUUGUCUAAUGUCUUUCCAAUUUUGAGUUUAUAUUUUUUUAUUAUUAUUUUGUCUCUUAAUAAAACGCGAAUGCGAUCCAGUUUUCCUUAACUUUA